GGUCACUAUGACGUAGAGUCGUUGAAAGGAAUUCUGCCAAUCCGGAGCCACUUCUACACGCGUUGCUUCUUGGGAUAGAUCGGUGGCCUCAAACCAGUUCACGUCUGGAGUUCACGCCAAGAUGGCGCAGUGCAAGGCGUUCGGUUGUCUAAAUAAUAAACGGACUCACAAGACUAAAAAGUUCUUUUGCGUGCCCAAACCUAUUACAGAGGAAAAGAAGGUGCUCGCGAAGAAGUGGCUGCACAAUUUAGGAACCGGGCAUAUUUUAAAAACAUUUACAUUCAGCAGAAACUCCGUGGUAUGUGAAGAUCACUUCGAUCCAGAUUGCUAUGAGAGAAACAUGCAGGCCGAAAUAAUGGGAUAUCAGGGCCGGACCAGGUUGAAGCCCGAUGCUGUACCAACGAUAUUUGUUCAUCGAAAAGCAGCAGCAUCAGAUAAAGGCCGCAAUGUUCGUGUUGCGAACAGAGAUAAACAAAAGUAUCUUCAUGAACUGUCAAAAGCCUCAGCAGCAAGUUCAGUAGCACCAGCACAAAGCCCUCCAUCAUCAAGUGAUUGUGACUCUGAAGAACCAGUUCAGCUGGGACAGCCAGAUCCUGUAUAUCCUGCCAAUUGGCCAUCUUCAGAGGGAAACUUCCUAUGGAUAUACUCCACACAGCAUGAAGGUAGUGGUCUUCUGACGUGUCUUCCCAAAAGCUGGCCACGGUGGAUGUAUCUGGUAAACGUGCGAUAG